AUGGAGAAGCUGCUCCCGGCCGCCAUGAUGGAGGCUCCCCUCCCAGAAAAUCCCAGUAAGAAGUCUGAGGGAAACUUAAUGUUAUCGCUAGACUAUAAAGAAGAUGAAGAUAUCCUGUCACACUCUUCAGGAGAAAUCUAUAGUACCUGUAAUGUACACCCAGAACCUCACAUUGCAGAUCUGUCAUAUAAUCCUCCAAAGCAAAAAGGGGGGAAAAGGUUUCAAUGUGGUGAAUGUGGAAAACAGUUUAAAUAUAGGUCAGGUCUUUGUGUACACAGAAGAAGCCACACAGGAGAGAAGCCAUAUCCCUGUUCCGAAUGUGAGAAAUGGUUUAGAAAUAAAUCGGCUCUUAGUGCACAUGAGAGAAUUCACACAGGAGAGAAGCCUUAUUCAUGUUCAGAAUGUGACAAAUCUUUUUCAAAGAAAUCACACCUUGAUUCACAUCAGAGAAGUCACACAGGAGAGAAACCAUAUUCAUGUUCAGAAUGUGACAAAUCUUUUUCAAAGAAAUCACACCUUGAUUCACAUCAUAGAAUUCACACAGGAGAUAGGCCAUUUUCAUGUUCAGAAUGUGGGAAAUGCUUCACAACUAAAUUCACUCUUACUGAACAUGAGAGAAGUCACACAGGAGAAAAGCCGUUUUCAUGUUCAGAAUGUGGGAAAUCUUUUUUAAAGAAAUCACACCUUGUUUCACAUCAGAGAAGUCACACAGGGGAGAAGCCAUAUUCAUGUUCAGAGUGUGAGAAAUCUUUUUUAAAGAAAUCACAUCUUGUGUUACAUCAGCGAAGUCACACAGACGAGAAGCCGUAUUCAUGUUCAGAAUGUGGGAAAUGUUUUUGCGAUAAAUCAAGUCUUCUUAUACAUCAAAGAAUUCACACAGGAGAGAAGCCAUAUUCAUGUCCAGUAUGUGGGAAAAGCUUUGCAAAUAAAUCUAAUUUUCUUUUUCAUGAGAGAAAUCACACAGGAGAGAAGCCAUAUUCAUGUUCAGAAUGUGCAAAAUCUUUUUUAAAUAAAUCACACCUUGUUUCACAUCAACGACGUCACACAGGAGAGAAGCCAUAUUCCUGUUCAGAAUGUGAGAAAUGUUUCACAGAAAAAUCAAGUCUCCUUAUACAUCAAAGAAUUCACACAGGAGAGAUUUCAUGUCCAUUAUGUGGGAAAUUCUUUACUACUAAAUCAAGUCUUGUUACACAUGAAAGAAUUCACAUAGGAGAGAACCCAUUUUGAUCUAUAUAGGGAAGAUCAAAUUUUGAAAUUCAGAAUUUACACAGAGGAGAAACCAAAAUCUUGUGGAAAUAACAAAACAUUUAUUUUAUUGACAAUUGCUUUUUCACAAACCAACAUGUGUAGCAUCUGACCAUGAGAUGAUCAUAAGGUAGUAAUAGAAAGCUAAAAAUGGACCUUAAUCCAAUAACUCGUAAGUGUCUUCCUGGAGAAAUCUUGUGAAUAUAUAUCUGUUUUCUGAAGACCAUUUACUUAAAUAAAACUUGUUUUACUUUUUUAUUUUUUUUCCAAGGAAUAAGUUAAGAAUUUGGUACGGUCAUUGAGGUUUCAUGAAAAGGGAAUUACCUUAAAAAUGGUUCCAUUGUUUGUUUUUCCUAUUCAACUUCUACAAAAUCAGUAACUGUCUAAAGCGGUAAAGAGCUUGACCGUCCUUCCAAAUGUGAAGUUCCAUUUAGAACUAAUGUUUUAGCCAACCAUGAGUUUUUGUAGGAGGCUGGAUAGCCCCAGCCAUCUUCCACACACAAUGGGUAAUGGUUUCCCUGCUCCCUGAGAUUGUUGGAAAUGACAGGUUCCUCUGACUCGUGGAGGCUACUUACAGGAUUAUGCAUCUUCUCAAAUUAAGUUUGUGGAAGGUUCCUUCCUCUUCUGUUGAAGGAUUAUCUAAAAAAAUCACAGAAAAUAAAGAUCCUUAAAACGUAACCUUUAGUAGGACAAGCUUUAUGAACUGCGCACGUAGGUGUAGCUGUGCCAAUAUGAUUGUGAUGUACUGUAUAUUAGGAAGACCAUCCGAGG